AUGCAUUCACUCUGGAGGCUCCUGGUCCUCCUCAGCUCACUGGCCUUGCCCUUGGCCCUCCAUAAGCAGCACUGGCCUGGCCUGGCCAAGACCCACAGAGACAGCAAAUCGGGUCUGGCGAGAAUUAUUGUGCAGGGCCUCACGAAGCGCAAUACAGAGUGCCGAAUCCAGAACAUCCGCUUCCUGGACAGUCUGAAUGCCUCCAGGCAGACGGCCUCGGGGAUGGUGGGCUGGCUAAUUGGCAGCAUGAACCUUCAGCAGCAUCAAGAAGGCAGCGCCAACGUCACCAACAUUCAGCUGGACUAUGGUGGGAUCCAGAUGUCUUUCCAUAAGGAGUGGUUCUUGGCAAACAUCUCACUUGAAUUUGACAUUGACUCAAGGCUGCCCUUCAAUAACCAGAUCAUAAAGACACACGCACGCAUGAACCUCGCUGUGGAGUUCUGGCUGGAGAAGGAUGAGUUUGGCCGGAGGGAUCUGGUGAUAGGCAACUGCCGCGUGGAGCCCAGCAGCGUCCGCAUGACUGUCAUCGAUGAAGAUAUCCCACCAAAGAUGAAACAUUUUUUCCACAACCUCAGAGACAACCUGGAAAAAGUUAUCCCACACCUGAUAGAAAGUCAGGAAUGUCCUCUGAUCGAUGAAAUCCUCAGGCAGCUGGAUGUGAAACUGUUGAAAAGCCUCAUGGAACAGGCCAUUGCUCAUGAACUCAACCAACUUUGA